AUGGCUUCCUCUGGCGGGUCCGUGACGGAGGAAGAAGACGACGAUGGUGCGCAGCUUGACUCCGAGACGCAACAUGAUACUCCCCUGGCGACGAAUAGCCAGUCUGCGAGCACUCGAAUCAAGACAGAAUCGCCCGAUGUCCCUUCAGUAAACCCCGUCAGACAGAAGCUCGAGGAAGAAGAUUCGGCGACUGAAGAUGAAGCAGAGGAAGAGCCACAACCUGUCAAACUCGAAGAAUCGCAGCGCAGUCCGUCGCAGCCAACUGCCCGUAACUCUCAGCCACUCCUCAGACCCGAAAGCCAGAUAGUGAAAUCUCUGCUCCCGGGAGGACAGGCGGGACAGUCGCCAACGCAGUUCAGAAAGCGCGAAAGGGCAAAACAGGAGCCUGAUUGGGACAAGCUCGACGAUCCUAACGACACGCCUGCAAUCAGACGCCGCAAGACGCUCGAAUGCAUCCGCUGGAAACGCAACCAAUUUGCUUCCUAG